AUGUCAUUACAAGAGAAGAAAAUCGCAGGGAGGGGAUGGGUUUUGUGGGUCUGGUUUCGGGGUUGUGGGUUCGUGGGGUUAGAGGUUGUGGGAGGGGUGGGGGUGGGGGUUGGGUUAAGUGUGGCAGCCAUGGGUAGCUGGGGAGCUGCCGAGGUGGGAAUAGGGGGCUGGGCCGUAGGGGGAAGGAAAGGGAGAGGGAAGGAGAGGUAA